UCACCACUGAUCGACAGAUAGUGAAUAGAUCAUUAGGAUAAUACAGUAUGUUAGGAUCGCCAAUUCCACGUUUCAGUUAUGCAUACACACUCUCGAUAGGGUUUUUCAUCGCGCUUUGUGUUGCAGGGACGGGUGUCUUCAGUCAGGCCUUAACCGAGUCUGUUCGAGAGCCCUUCCCCUUGACGCAGACCUUCUUCACAUAUGUGUGCCUCGCAUUCGUAUAUGUACCGGUCUUAGCGUACAAGGGUAUCUUGCUUUCCACAAUCAAGGAGCUAGGCCUAGUGAUAUUCGCGAUUUCAUUUCUAGAUGUGCAGGCUAAUUACUUGAUCGUGAGUGCCUACAAGUACACGUCAAUGACCAGCGUACAGAUUCUGGAUUGUUUUACAGUGCCAUGUGUUGCAGUGCUAUCGUACGUAUUCCUUGGAUCUCAAUUCGAGAGGCAUCAUCUUCUCGGUGCUUGCUUGAGUUGUUCUGGAAUCUUCCUACUUCUACUGGUUGAUCAAGGGAAUACCACCCCAUCAUCGAAUCCCUUGUACGGCGGUCUGCUGUGCAUUGUGGGUGCGUCACUCUACUCGGUCACCAAUGUGUGCCAAGAACACUUCGUAAGAUCAGAAUCGAGUAUCCAGUACCUAGCUCUGCUGGGUGUGGGAGGCGCGAUCAUAUCAGGCCUACAGGCAGUGGUUCUAGAGAGUACGAUAGUCCAAAACGAGGUCAUCACUGCAUAUGACUGUCUCCAGGUGGCUGGGUUUACGGCGUGCAUGUUCGUGGUGUACUCGCUGAUCCCCGUGUUCGUACACAUGGCCAACGCGACGUUCCUAAAUAUGACGCUGCUUUCUGCAGAUAUAUUCAGUCUGUGCUUCGGGGCACUGAUCUUCAAUAUGAUGUUCUCCGCGGUAUACAUCGCAUCGUUCGGGUGCAUUCUUUGCGGCAUUGCAUUGUAUGUAGCGCCUGCAACCGCGGCCGAUCUAGAGAGGGGAUCCCAGAACAAACACACAGGUGCGACUCCCGAAUUGACAGAGUCUUCAUUAUUGUUAGGACAAAAUGACGACAUCGCAACCCUGGCGUAGAAACAUAUUGGCACUGCACUGGUGUAUUCCCAGACACUGUACAGAAGUGUUAUGUAGUUACAACCUCAUUUAGUAAGUAUUGGGCGCAGGCCGCCGAAAAAGCAACACUUCUUCCUAGAAUCUGCAUGGAUAAUUACACACUCGACAUUAUUUCAUUCAUGUGUGAAGCCCGGAUACCAAAAUUACGUUAUAUUCCCUCACCUAAUGAAACCCGAAAACCACCCUCGAGUGACCCUUUCAAUGUUUCACAACUUCAUAAAAACAAAUUAGAUAAAGUGUGCCGUAUCGAUGGUAUUAUCUCCUCUUGUGUGUGUAUUAUUUAGUUGUUUGAACAAGAGAAAAAUAUAUCCGUGCGAGUCUCCCAACAAAAACUAAAAAUUCGAAAAAGCGCUUGAUAAAAACAAAUUUCAAAAAAAAAAAGUGGAAAAUCCGGUCAUCAAUUUUUUCAUGUG